AAAAAGGGCAAUCAACAAAACCGCGAUAGUUUUUGGCGUAAGAUUUUAGAGCAUUUUAACAAAACUGUCGGUGGAAGUAACCGGACCGUUCAUCAAGUACGGUCUAAAUGGAACCCGAUGAUGACGAAAAUAAACUUUUUCAACGGCCUAUACCAACAAGCGGAUCGCACACGAGGAAGCGGAUGUAAGGAUCUCGACGUGAUGAAAGUCGCGUUAAAAGAAUUUAAAGAUAGAUUUCCGAACGGUUUUCAACACAUCGAGGCGUGGGAGGUCGUUCGAAGACACGAGAAAUGGGCCCAAGUCCCAUUGAUGGGUGAGGAAGGUGAAGGUUCGGCACAUAAAAGAAAGCCCGUUGACGUGGACCCUUCGAUACCGGAUAUGAACGAAGACCACUCGCCACAAAGACCACAACGGCGAGACAAGCGUCAAGCUACAUCGUCCGAGGGAAGCUCGGCCGAGUUGGCGGCACAAUUCAAAGUGUACACCGCCAUGAAAGAAGCGAAGCAAGCGGUAGAAUUGGAGGCGAUCGAAUUGAGGAAAAAAAGAGAGUCGGAGGCUCGCGAGCUCAUAUCGGAACAACGCGAGACGAUGAAAAACUACAAUUACGAUCGAGAUAAGAAAACAUUCCUUAAGCCGCACGACGAUGUUCCGCCAAGUAUGUUGCCGUUCAUCCUCGCCCGAAAGCGCGAAAUCGCUAACAAGUACGGGUGGCCAUGCGAUUUCUAAAAUUUUAAUUUUCUAGUUUUAAUGUAAUUUUUAUUUUCUACUUUGAAUGUGUUUUUUAUUUUCUAGUUUGAAUGUAUUUUUUUAAAAUUUAAUGAAAUGUCUUUUAUUUAAUUUAUAAACAUGCAUAAUUUUACAAAAAAAAAAAAUAAAAUCGAACUC